GAAGAAAUGAAAAAUCAUUUACAAAUAUAGGCCCACUUUUUCUCUCCUUCACAUAAUUCUCUCCUUCCCGUGAAAAGGAAAGGUAUUCCGGCGACUAUUGUUACACUCAUUCUAUUCUUGUUCAACUACGCCAACAACUCCGAAGAGUGAAAGGAAGAAAAAGGUAUCAAAAUUUGACAAUUUUUGUUUUUCUAUCACAUUUGGAAACGUGAAGAUGAUAAUGGUGAACGGAUUAUGCGCGAUUGUAUUAAUUGGUUUUUGAUGUGUGAAAAGGGAAAGGUGAAUUAGGUGUGAAUGAAUUAUGAAUGCGCUGAACUUGAUUUUCUUUUCAAAGCAUUGAUUUCUGUGAAUUUGCAUGUAUUUCUGUGAUUAAGAAGUUAGGCAUUUAAAGGAUUCUGAUCUAGACACGCAAAGCGAGUAGGUUUUUAAAGCUCUGAGAAUUCAGCAGAAAAUGACAAAAGAAUAUAAUUAAGCUGUAGAGAGAGAGAGUUUUACAGUAGAAGAAGUAGUACCUGUUUUGGUUGUGGUUGUGGUUGAUAGACAUGCCUUUUCCGAUGAAGGUUCAACCGAUCGAUUCUUCAACAUACAGAGAAUCGAUCAAAAAUGAUGCAGUAAAGCCUUUGCUGAAAUCACGACUUAAAAGGUUCUUUGAUCGGCCGUUCCCUAGUGUUUUACGGAUUUCGUCGGCGGCUGAGAAGCCAGGUGCCGCCGGCGCUGCUAAUGAUGGACCAGCCGCUGAGUUUGAGCCGAAUUCGGUUUCUUUAGACAAAUUGGUUCAGAAUUUCAUAGAAGAGAACAAUGAUAAGCCGUCUGCCGCUAGAUUUGGCCGUAAAUGCAAUUGCUUUAAUGGCAACAACGAUAACUCCGAUGAUGAGUUUGAUUUCGACUCUGUUACCAACUCCUCUUCGUUUGGGGAUUCUUCCGAUACUCUCAAGAGCUUAAUUCCCUGUGCAAGUGUUACCGAGAGGAAUCUAUUAGCUGAAGCUUCAAAAAUCUUCGAAGAGAACAAAUCUUGCAAGCGUAAGGACGAUUUGAGAAAAAUUGUCACUGAUGAACUUUUAGCACUUGGCUAUAAAGCUUCAAUCUGCAAAUCCAAAUGGGAAAAAGCUUCUUCUACUCCUGCAGGUGAAUAUGAGUAUAUUGAUGUGAUAGAGGAAGGCGAAAGAGUGAUACUCGACGUAGAUUUCAGAUCUGAAUUUGAAGUAGCGCGAUCGACGGGAAGGUACAAAUCAAUUCUGCAAUUGCUCCCGUUUAUCUUCGUCGGCAAAGCCGAUCGGCUUCUGCAAAUAGUGUCAAUCGUCUCAGAAGCAGCUCGACAAAGCUUGAAGAAGAAAGGUAUGCACAUCGCUCCAUGGCGCAAUCCGGAGUAUAUGAAAGCCAAAUGGCUCAGUCCCUAUACUAGUAUCGCACCUGCUGUGGAAUCAAACGCCGCUGCUGAGAUCACGGAGUCGGAAAGUGAGUACGGUGAGUUAGACUUGAUUUUUUCUGAUAAAACGCUACCGUUAGACUCCGAUCAAACAACAGAUCCGUCGGAGAAUACUUCCAGCGAGGAAGAGAAGCCGGUGAUGAUGACGUGGCAACCUCCGGCAGUGAUGCCAAAGAAAACCAAAGUGGUUGUCACUGGAUUGGCUUCCCUUCUCAGGGAAAAACCCUAAAAGAUUUUGUUAAUUCUAACAUUGUGAAUCUUUUGUUUUGUUUAGCGAGUAAAAAUUAUAAAUGUAUUAAGCUACAUAAUUGGAAAUUUAGAUAGAUGAACGGAAACUGUUUUUUUCAUUUUCCGUUUCCGUAUUCUGCUCAUCUUUGAAAGGGUACUGUAAUAGAAUCUAGAACCAACCUCUGUGCUGUAAUGAAAAAGUAAAGAAUAAAGAAUAUUAUUCUU